AUGGCGGCCUCCCUCUACCCACGGCCGGUCAAUCGCAGUGCCUUCGAAAUAGCAAUCCUUUGCGCCUUGUCAAUCGAGUCUGAUGCCGUUGAAGCAUUGUUUGAUCAGUUCUGGGAAGAAGAUGACGUGCAAUAUGGCAAAGUCCCAGGAGAUCCCAAUUCCUACACUUUGGGUCGCAUCGGCCGACAUAAUGUGGUCCUGGCAUACAUGCCCGCCAUGGGCAAGAUCAGUUCAGCUACGGUCGCGGCCAGCUUCCGCGCCAGCUUCGCGCAUGUGCGACUUGGUUUGGUUGUUGGCAUAUGUGGUGGAGUGCCUCGACUAGCGGGCCAUGUGGAAGACAUCUUCCUGGGGGACGUGAUCAUUAGCACUGGAAUCGUUCAGUUCGAUUUCGGGCGACAGUUUACGGAUAGGAUGAUUCGGAAAGAUACUCUGCAAGACAGCCUCGGACGACCAAACCACGAGAUUCGAGCUUUCUUAAAAAAGCUGCAAGGCUGGCGGGCACGAUCCGAGCUGCGGCGCCAUAUCUCCGAAUACGUCCACGAAGUGUGCGACAAGGAGUGGUUCGGGCCUUGGGCCACGCCAGGACCCGAUGAAGAUACUCUUUAUCGGGCUGACUACCGUCAUAAACAUCAAGAUCCCAUUGAAUGUGAAAUAUGUGCCCGGUGUUUAAGCGCAGAAGAUCCUGUCUGCAAUGCCGCCCUCGAGUCCUCUUGUGCACAGCUGGACUGCGACCAACGCUAUCUAGUCCUUCGCCAGCGCCCUCCAAAUUCCGGACCUACCGUUCACUUCGGAUUAGUGGCGUCGGGCGAUGUUGUUGUCAAGUCCGGGUUGUAUCGUGACCGUAUUGCCGCCGAGGAGAAGGUGAUUGGGUUUGAAAUGGAAGGCGCUGGCGUCUGGGACAGCUUUCCUACUGUUGUGAUCAAGAGUGUCUGCGACUAUGGGGAUAGUCAUAAAAACAAAAUAUGGCAACGACACUGCGCGAUUGUAGCUGCGGCGGCUGCCAAAGGGUUUCUUCGCCAGUGGCGAGGGGCAGACAUUCCGAUUUCCCCUCCACCAGAGGCCAACCAGGAUAUUUUACCAAGAUCAUCGGAUUCCCGCACAUGGCACAUGACGUACGGUGGUUCUGCUUACAUCAUGCUGAGACUGGAUGCACAGCGCCACAGCGAAUCUCCCUCAGGUGAAGUCUCGCAGGGCCAUUUUCAGACUUACCCGGCCCCAGACAAUCCUUGGUUCCAAACAACUCCAACACCACCAACCAUAGGUGAACUUCCGUUCCACACUAAACCGGGCCACGGCAACAAGGCCAACCCUGAACAAGCCUGGAUAGGAGGAGCGUCAGAUAGAAGCGCUGAAAUUCGUGGACAAGCAUCUUCUUUCGCAAAAGUCCGCGAUUAUAAUCAUGCAAUAACUACCAAGGUUGAAAACAUCAUCUUGCAGAAGCUUGCCUUCCGAGGUAUGGGUGACAGAGAGCAAGAUAUAAAAGACAAUUAUCCGGAGACCUUUCAGUGGAUUUUCAAAGAACCCUCUCACGAUGAUAGCCUCGAGGGCACAAAUUUUAUCAACUGGCUGCGCCAUGGGGCCGGUUGUUACUGGAUCAACGGGAAAGCAGCCUCUGGAAAAUCUACACUCAUGAAAUUUAUCAUAAAGCAAAAGGAGACCAAAGAGGCUCUCAAAAUAUGGACGGGAGGCGACCGCCUUCAUUCCUCAAGCUUCUUUUUCUGGCAUCUUGGCAACAGGCUUCAGAAAAGCCAGGCAGGCUUGCUCAGGUCAAUAUUAUUCUCAGCCCUCGACGCAACAAGACCACUCAUUAGAAAAGUGUUUCCGGACUACUUUACAGAGCUGGCGGAGUACGAGACUAUUGCAGCCAGGAAUAAUGGGCAGGCCCCACUCGGUGUUCCGGUGCCUGGCGACUUGACCGACCAAGAGUAUAGACGGGCUUUCCACAAAAUCCUGCAGGCUAUGCCUGAGGGUUGCAAAAUCUGCUUCUUCAUCGACGGCAUCGACGAAUAUGAGGGAAAUUGUUAUGAAAUCUCCGAGCUUCUUAAAAAGAGUUGCGGACCCCGUGUGAAGAUGGUUCUGUCAAGCCGCCCUAUACCACCUUGUGCUAUGGUUUUUAAAGGUUGCGCGGGCCUGAGAUUGCAAGAUCUAACGAGGCCCGAUAUCGAACUUUAUAUUAACUCGAUUAUUUGGAAGCAUUCAAGAAUGAAACACCUCAUCAAAGUCGAACCAGUGAGGGCCGCUCGCUUGGUCACAGAGUUGGUAAAUCGAGCCUCGGGAGUCUUCUUGUGGGUAGUCUUGGUAACAACUAACCUCAUGAGCGGUCUCAAUAAUUUCGACACAAUGGAUGACCUAGAAGCAAGACUAGACUAUUUUCCAAGGGAACUUGAAAAACUCUAUCAGCAUAUCAUGGAACAGGUAGAGCCGCUAUAUCGCCGUAAGGCCUUCGAACUCCUGCAGAUCGCUCUUCGUGGUCUAGACACCGAUGCAGAUCUCACAGUUCUAAAGCUUUCAUUUGCGGACGAGGAAGAUCCAACUACCGUAUUGCGGCCGAAUUGGAGAGCACCUGACAACGUUGUCUUGAAACUGAGAAUGGAAGAGAUGGAAGCACGCAUGUCAAGCAGAACUCGAGGUUUGCUCGAAUCGGCAAAGUCGUCCGAGAUGUCAGAUCCUUUCCUUGGGCCUGGGCCCAGGGUCAGAUUUCUGCACAAGUCCGUCGCCGAUUACUUGAGACAGCCACAAGUGUUGGACUUUCUUACUGGAUUUACAUCCGCCACCUCGUUCAAUACGUCAGUGUCACUGCUUAGUUCGACUCUGCACAUGGCGAAAAUAUUCGAGAAUGACCUCUUGAACAGAGGAUGGCAGCCAGCACUUAACAUAGCGACCAAUCAAAGCAGGCAGCACAUCAUCCACGUCAUAGUGCGAGAGGCGCAAGAAGCAGACCACGCCGGAUUUGAUAUUUCAGAGUAUAUCAACGAGUUCAGCCGUUGGGAAGGGGAAACCGGAGGCUAUGGACGUUGGUUUGGGAGCUUCCCACAUCCCUUACCACUUGAGCCACCGUCAACCGCGAAACCAAGCAAUCUGCGAAGGGAAAUUUUCCUUCGUGCUUGGUACGGACUCGCCAAUAGCACAAUCACAUAUCUAGCGGCUCAACCUCAGGGCACGAUCAAUGAAGAAUGUCCUGACAUCCUUUGGUCAACAGCGAGUAAACUUCGUUUGCAAACUUGCUCCAACAAUGUCGAGCUGCAAGGAAUGCUCAGCACGAUUGAGGUUCUUCUUCGGCAUGGAUCAAAUCCCAACUUUGUGGUAAACGGGCAAACUGCCUGGGGAAAUCUACUUGUCCAGAUUCUCGAUUGGGAUAUCUCAAGCAAGAAAAGCAUUUCAAAAUACUGGACAUUGCUCGAAGUAUAUUUUCAACUUAUUGUCAUUAUGCUGAAGAGUGGCGCCGAUCCGCACAUCGUCAUUGUCGGAGAGGUCGUUAUGAAAGAUGCAAGUAUCUUGCUGGGUGAUGACAGCGCUGCUUUCACAUCCGAGAGGUCAGUAGCCGCCUGGAUUGAUGAUCGCCAAGCUUAUUUUUCAAACUCCGCUACCGUCCCACAAUGGGCGAUGGACACGAUUUCCCAUUGCUGUCGCGAAGCGUCUUCAAUGCUGGUGGAUUCCAAGGCAUAUCCGUGGAGAAAAUCAUCUUCUGCCCACGAACCCUUUGACGAGAUGCUUCCCGAAACAAUUUACGCAAGUCUCCCCCCACGACUUGAGAAGAGACCGCGGAGCAGUGUCAUGCGUCUGUUUAGAAGAACUCCGAAAGAAAAACAACGGACGUCAGCGGGCGUAACAACGCCGGUUGUGGAAAAUCCCAAAGAGUCUUUUGAACGCCAGAGCAGUCCAUCAACCCCUGAGGCUCCUCUCAUUGUCGAUUACAAUAGUGCCAAACGCGUGCACCUACCAAAGAAGAUAUUGUUGUGA